AUGAAAGAAGAGCAAGGCAUUGUGGGAAAUCAAGGAAAAAAAGGAGACAAAGCAGAGAAAGAAGAAAGUGCCAAAGCAAGUCAAGCAAGUGUAGUACCACAAACCAACUGGAAACAAUGUGUGUGGAAAUCAAACAGCGUUACUGAUAAUGGAAAGAUUAAGGUAAAUAGGAUAAGAAUCAUAACACACUCCUAAGAAAAUUCAUUCCCUUCUAAAUCAAAAUAAUUCAAAGAAGAACAUCUCCCCUCUUACUUACCGCUUGCCAACACAUUACAUAAAUAACUAAGUUACAUUUUCCUCUACUUUGGUUCUUUUUGAACGAAAAAAGAAAAACCAUCGUGCGUGAUAAAAUGAUUCCUGGUCAUUUGGAUAAGGACAACAAAAAUAUAAGCUGUUACAGAGUUUUAAACAUUAGCUGUGGUCACACUACAGACUUUUACCUAGGUAAACCCUUUUACCUAGGGCAAAUUCAUCAAAAAUCUACCUAGGUAAAUUCAUCUCGGGUUUUGUUUUACCUAGGUAAAAAUUCUGGGAAGGUCACACUACUGAUAUCGGCUCCCAAUAUUUUCACGCCUGUUAAAUUUUUUGGAGCGUGAAUUCAAGAAGGCAAAAUGCGCAGGGAUCUAGCUGAUCAAAGGGACGUUUUUUUCUUUUAUCUCGGUGUUAUUUCUUACGGUAAUUCAACGUGCAAGGUGAAGAAAGGCGAAGACGUAGACGACUUGUGCUCCCAAAAUUUCUUUCACAGCUUGAUCUAUGUCCGGUUCUGUCAUCAAGACCUUCGCCGAGAGCGUCUAUAGCCUAGCAACCUCGGUAUUUCAUUUUUCCCUAGCUAUUGCUUUGGGGUAGCUGUCAAGGGAAACUCUAUUGUUUUCGAGACAUAUCCAAGACCCAGACGAUAAAAUUUCCCCGAGGUAAGUUACCUAGGGAAAAAUCGGUAACACUUAAAAAAUCAAGUUUCCCUAGGUAAACUGUCAACAAGUCGUGUUUACCUAGGUAAAAAGUCUGUAGUGUGACCACAGCUAUUAGAAAGUAAUCUUGACUGGAGUUGUUAGUAUCAAUAAUUACACACGAUUGCUCGUCUUACUACAAUAUGUUUGAUUUGUUUCAUAUUAUUCCAGGACUGUGCGUUUACCAAAAUGCAGUCUAAUCCAGCGCUCAGAGUCUCAUUCCAGGGAAACAUGGGGGUCCGGGGUAUUAGUUCUAAGUGUAACCGGUGGUAUUUUAAGUUCAAUGGACAUGAACGCAGUGGACCAAUGACGAUUGAGGCUGCUGUUUACAACUACUGGCAAUCUGGGGACCCUGUUCUGCUCCAGCAUCGGUCAUUUGAGGGGUACUGUGAAAACAUCCCAGAAGGCGCUGUUAGAGUGGAAUUAUGGGUAGGACAGUGUGGUAGCGGAGGCUUGGGUGUUGCUUACACCGGGUGA